UACAGUUUCCCUAAUAAAAUCCAAGGCUUUUCCGUUUUCGUCUAAAACACAUCGAGGCUCUGCCAUGCGACCCCCAGAAUACUGCUCCAAGGUGCUGUUGUUAGUCGCGGGUGCUUUCUUCGUCUGCUGUUUGUGGAAGACUGGGUCGAUCGGUCAGUGGAGCUCCAACAUGAGCGCGAAGGCGUUGAUCCGACUCGACCUGUUGAUCCCGUCGUCGUCGUCGUCGUCAUCACCGUCGACGUCGCGCCGAUCUCCCUUCAACAGGACCAACAUGAGAAUUUCGCGCGACGUCGCGCAUCGCCGGAAGAACAAGAGCACCCUGUUCAUGUACAUGCUGCAGCUGUACUACCGGCGCCCGAACGCCGUCGUCCGCGCGAUCAAGCCGGUCCGCACUUCCGGCCCGAUCAGCGACGCCGGCAGGAUCCUGGAGUUCGCGAUCCCGUCUGUCGGCGUCGACGAGACGCUGGAGACCGCGGAAUUGCUCGGGAUAGCCGGUGCGAUAAUCAGAGUGCGAUUUGUCGACGGUCCGUCGACGACGAAGAACAUCAGAAACGAGGAGAUCCGGAGGGCCAGGAAGGACGGCGCCUGGCGGGCUUUCGACGUCACGUCCGCCGUCGUCGGCAGGAACGAUACCGUCCAGCUCUGGGUAUACGGCACGUUGACGUAUCGUCCUAACGAUGACGGUCCGAUCCUCCUGCUGAAUUACAGCAAGGUCCGGCGUUAUCGACGAUCCGCGAAGGAGCCGGAUGAUCCGGAUCGUUGGGAGGACGGGCGACGACGACGUCGCAACAACUGUCACCGGCGUUUCAUGUACGUGAACUUCUCCGUGAUCUCGUACGACAAGUGGGUGCUCGCACCGGACGGUUACGAGGCCUAUCAGUGCUCCGGCAGGUGUUCCUUCCCGAUGGGCGAUCAUCUCAGUCCGACCAAUCACGCGAUCGUGCAGGCGUUGAUGCACGGCGCUCUCCAGAUCAGCGAGAGUGGCAACAAGCUGGGCAAACCCUGCUGCGUGCCCACCAAACUGGAAUCGAUGAGUCUGCUCUACGUGAACGACAAACGUACCGUGACCUACGAGUACGACUACGAAGACAUGGUCGUCGUCGAGUGCGGUUGCCGCUGAUAUCAGUGUUAAUUGGACCACACGUGGACAGUGGACGAACAAUAUGUGUCUUUCGCUUUUUUAUUAACAGAAUUAACGUAGAAACGACCGUACAAAAAUGCAGAAAAUAAAUACAGUUGAACCCAGAUAAGUUGAACGAUCUUUUCGAAGAAGAGAAGAAGAAUACAU